AUGCACAGCGGAUACACCGGUGUAUCUAACCCCGAGCUCUUUCGGACGCUCGGCCUCCCGCCCUACUCGCCGCUCAGUCUGGACGCCAUCCGCGACACCGGCAAGCAACCGCCGUACACCCUCUCCGUCCUCUGCCAGCUCGCGAUCCUCGGCAGCCCCACCCAGCGGCUGCUCGUCCAGGACAUCUUCAACGCGCUCAUGCACAAGUUCACAUACUACCGCAACCUCCAAGACGCCGGGGUCUGGAAGAACUCUGUCCGGAGCGUGCUCACCAACGAGCGGUGCUUCGUCCAAGUCUCACGGAGCCAGGCCGAGCCCGGGCGGGGCGACUACUGGACCCUCAGCUACCUGAACGGCCCGCGGCGCCCGUGA